AUGCAGCCUGGUGAAUCAAUCCUUUACCUACCCAGUUACUUGAAAGCCCACAUUGAUGAUGAGGCAUGUUGUGCAUACGCGAAUGCAUGCUUUGUGGAAAUCAACAUGCCCCUAGGCAUCAGCAUCGACAAAAGCAACAUCAACAGCUUCAAAGCAAUGAGUAAAACACUAGAUGAACUCAAGCAUGACUUUUGUAUUAUGUACUUGAAGAAGCAACACGCACAGUCCGAAGUGGACAUGUUAUCUGAAGCCAUAGCACGCACUGUUGAAGGCGCGUCUUCUGCAAGUGCUACGACAAUUGAAUCACCCCUACCUGACGAUGAUUGGUUUGAUGAUUGGAAUUCAACCUCAUCCCUAUCUUCCGACUCUGCACAUCUGUACCUUGCGCAGUUGUAUUAUGAGCAGGGUGAUCUGGUGGGCAGAAGUGCCGGGGGUCCUGGCGCAGUGGCUGGAGUCCUGGCUCGUAGUCCCUCACAUGCUCAAGAACGUGGUGCAUUCUGGUGCUGGUCAUCAGUCUUUUUCGUGCACACACCUUUCCUGAGUUCUGAGGUGUUUAGGUGUUUAACGUGCUGCAAAGAAAUCCUUGACAGAAUGCUAGGCACCAACCUCAUCUGUUUUCAAACCUACAGCUACACCUGCCACUUCACUUCCACCUGCAUUCAUGUGUGCGGGUAUGAGACUACUAGUAGGGGUGCUAUGGCUGCAUUGCUAGUGCAUCGAGAGGUGCGAGCAUUGCUCUGUGUGGUGCUGGUGGUGCAGGCUCGAGCAGUUGUACCCACCUGUGGAGCAAGCCUCACCUGUGGAAUCAAAGCAGGUGUUGAGAAAUAUGUAGGCAUCAACAUGCUGGGACAUGUGGCUGCUGUUACACAUUGUCUGGUUGGGGUGGAUGUGGAAAGGGUUGCAAGGGAUACAUGA